UCCCUUAUUCUAUAUAUAACCAGAAAGCAUCUGCAGAAAAAUGCAGUGUGUGGAGACAGAGCGGAGCAGCAGUGAGGAGGGCUUGCAUCAGAGAGGAUACAAACGACCCAGCUCCCUGACAGUCUAAAAAGUCUUCAGUAGGACAGAAGCAGAGUCCCAGAAUUCAAGGAGCUUCAGCUUUUUGCUCACCAUGGAAAACAUCAGCUCGUGCUCUGCCCUGCUCGGCAGCUGGAACUCCAACAUCAUCCUGGAGCAUUACAACCACACUGGGCGUCUGGCAAAGCGGAGGCCCCAGACAGACGGAGUGGAUGGGGUCAAGCUGGGCUUCAUCCUCAUCAGCUGCUUCAUCAUCAUGGAGAACCUGCUGCUGCUGGUGGCCAUUGUGACCCACAUCCGCUUCAGGAACUGGAUCUACAUCUGUAUCGUCAACAUGGCCCUGAGCGACCUCCUGGCUGGUAUUGCCUACAUUGUCAACCUGUGCUUGUCCGGGAAGCGGACUUUCCAGCUGACGCCCGGCUCGUGGCUCUUCCGGGAAGGCAUCCUCUUCGUGGCCCUGGCUGCGUCCAUCUUCAGCCUGUUACUCACCGCCAUGGAGCGCUACACCACCAUGAUGACUCCAGUGUCCUACAAGUCUGCCGGCAAGAGGUACCGCGUCUACGUCCUGAUCGCCCUGAGCUGGGUGAUGGCCUUCGGCAUUGGUCUCAUGCCUCUGCUGGGCUGGAACUGCCUCUGCAACAUGCAGGACUGCUCCACCCUUCUCCCCUUGUACUCCAAGAACUAUAUCCUGUUCAACGUCAUCAUGUUCAGUCUCAUCCUGGCCGGGAUCUGGUUCCUGUACAUCUCCAUCUACCGCCAUGUCCGACACAGCACGGUGAGAGUGGUCAGUUCUUCUCGCAGCAGGAACAAGUCUCUGAGGCUGCUGAAAACCGUCAUCUUGAUUGUGGGUGCCUUCAUAAUCUGCUGGAGUCCCCUUUUCGUCCUGCUGCUCCUGGAUUUCUUUUGCAAGCCCAAGAGUGCCAAGCUCUAUAGCAUGGACUGGCCCAUCGCCUUGGCCGUCCUCAACUCAGCCAUCAACCCGAUCAUCUACUCCUUGGGCAGCAUGGAGGUGCGCAAAGCCAUCAUCAGCGUUCUGUGCUGCUUCUGCUUCAAGACCGGCCUGGUUGAUCCGUCCUCUUUGCUAUCCAUGGAGACAGUGGUCUCCUCGGAGAGCUCUCAGAAACUGCGGGAGAGUUUCAGGAACAGUUUCCGGAGAAUGCAACAGGGCAACCAUGCAGAGGCAGGGAAAGCGAAGAAGAGUCGGCUCAACUCCACCAACUCCUGCUUGUCCAUGUCCAUGUCCAUAUCUAGUGGGUAGGGGGGCUUUAAGGGGUUAGGGAUGUGCAACAAACAAGAAGCGACACUGUCGUUGCACAAACGGUUGUGUAGUUACAAUGCAGUGGAAUUUUGUAAUUGCAUUGCACAGCUUUGGCCAAAAGUUUUGCAUCACCCUACAGAAUUAACACAUUUUGCUUCUAAAGUUGAAUGGAACCUGCUGAUGAAUGUUACGUUAACAAAUUGAAUUGCACACUGCUUUGUAGUUUUCCGUAUACUUAACAAAAUACAGACAAAAAUUGAAAAAUGUGACAUUUCAAAAUCUAACUUGAAAAACUGUACCACUAUUACGGGUUCCGCUAUACUAUUGCGAAAUCAUUUUGUGGUUUCUUUGGUUAUAUGAUAAGUAAAAGAUCUAAAUUAUGUUCAGAUUUUUUUGUUUUUUUUUAAUU